GAAUGCAGGAGGAAAGAGCAAGGCUGUGGGCUCCGUGCGUUGUCCCCUACGAUCGGACGCGGGAGUGUUUUUCGGUGAUUAAAAAACGGGUGACGAGGGGAAAUUGAAUUUUUCGGGGGGAACUUUCGUCGAAAAAUUGUAGGUAUCGUUGAUUUGUUGGAGUGCGGGAAAAAAGAGGUAAAAGUGGCUAGUUCGAGGGUUCGCGGUGUAGCGCAUACCAAUGCCAUUGCGUCGAGGCAACGUGGAGGAAAAUAAAACGUACUGACCUUCAAGAAGAGCUUAAAACUACAGUCAUCAGCAUUAUGAUGACCAAACGAGUUGGAGUCAUAUGAAUACGUAUUUUCUUCGCUUUAUUCAAUCGUCCGUGAGAUGGGUUCCGAGGCUUGGGAGUUGGAGCGAAGGUAUUCCGUGCCCGGGGCUCUGGAUACACGAGGGUUGGAGCCACCGGCUAGUGAAGACCUUCAUGCAUGGUCGAUUUACAGGCAAAAUCUGAACUCAGACUUCACCGACUCUGCCCUGGGCUCCGCGGAGAAGUCCCCCCUGCCCUACGGGAACUUCCAGCUGCGGGAUUCCACUGUCCAGAGUAUCCUGAGGCACCCCCGGUACGGACCAAAGAGCCCCCUAGCCAGCAACUCGUACACCUACCUGAAGUUCGGUCUCCCCCGGGUCCUGCCGCCCUCGAGAGCCCGCGAUGGCUCCAGUGGCUACGACUCCAGUGAGGAAGGUCGAAGGGUCUCCCACAGCGGCCUCCACCAGCAGUCCUCAGCGAUGCGAUCAGCCAGGAGUGACCCAGACUUCAGGCAGGUUCACGGGACCCCUCGAGAGGCCCAGCAAACCCCCUCACAAUUACUCGUGAGAGAUAAUAAAAUGAGGAGUGCGAGUGAGGCGAAUCUCCUUCAUGCGUCGAGACCAAAUAGAAGGCACAGCAUCGCACCGAUGGACCCUGGGUAUGGGCAAGCAGUCCUGGAACAGCCCCAGGGGAUGGUGGGACCUGAGGGAGACUAUGGUCAGGGUCUGAGGAGGCUUGCUGUUCAGCAUCCUCACGUGCAAUUGAGAGGGGUCGAUAGCUCUGGGGACUCCCAGAGGACACCGUUGAGGGGCAUCACUCUGGAGGCUGGCGCCACCGAUGUCCUGGCCGUCAUGGCCACCACCGAGAGGGAGGGGACCACCAUUUUGGAGACCGUCGCGGGGAGGAGGAGAAUCAAGAGGGGAGAUAUCCUUAUGAAUGGGAGGAGUGUGUCCACUCGGACUUUGAGGUCGAGAGUUGCCUAUCUCCCUGCAGAGAGCAGUUUAAGCCCAGGUCUAACAGCUCAACAAGUAUUGAGCUUCUACAUGUGCCUGCGAGGGGGUUCCCAGACUUCAGAAAUGGAAACCGAAGCGAUCCUCCAAGAACUGGGCCUCGAGGCUACCAAGCACUGCCUCGUCAGCUCCCUCACGACUUCGGAAGCAAGAAGAUUGGCUCUGGCCUGUCGACUACUUCAAGAUGCUCAUGUCCUGGCCCUAGAUAGGCCGACACACGGGCUCGAUAUCUUCGAUGCGUUCUUCCUCGUCGAGUAUUUGAGGCAGUGGGCUGCGAGGGGAGAGAGAUUAGUCAUUUUGACUCUUCAUCCCCCGACGUACGAGAUCCUCACGAUGGUAUCGAGGGUCGCGCUGACUUCCGGUGGGAGAAUCAUGUUUACUGGGGCGAGGAGGGACAUGCUGCCUUAUUUCGCUCUAGCCGAGUUUCCUUGUCCGCCGUUCAAGAAUCCCUCGGAUUAUUAUCUUGAUUUAGUGACUCUGGACGACCUCUCAGCAGAAGCAAUGUUGGAAUCCUCCCAGCGAAUCGAUCAUUUAGCAGAACUUGCGAAGGCUCGUCUCCCACCUUUAUCAGAUCCAGGCCCUCCAGGCAAUCUACCUCCAGCUGUAUACGACGCCAAUAUUUUUGUACAAAUUUACGCCCUCCUCAUGAAGACACUAGUCUACAGCCAGCCCUGGGCCAUGACGAGGCUCCUCCAGAAGAUCCUCAUUGCUGCCUCUCUCAGCAUUAUCCUUGGGGCAGUGUUUUGGGACGUCGCUGGAGACACCAAUUUACAUCUGAGGGAUCGAGUCGGCUUUUAUUACGCCAGUUUGGGGAUUUUAUCCUGGCCGCUGGGGCUUUUGCAGAUAUUCGAUAUCACGAGGGCCAGACGCAAUGUCGAGAGGGACAUGAAAGACGGACUCUAUGGGCGGUUCAUUUACAUUAUCAUAGAGUUACUCUGCAGUUUUCCCUCUUGGUGUCUGAUCUACGCGAUCUACCUUGGCCCAGCGUUCGCCAUGUCAGGGCUGCACCUCGCAGUGGAUGAGAACCUGACAUCCCUCUGGUCGUACCUCUCCUACGGUCUCCUCUACCUGAUGCUGCAGCACUUCGUCUGCACAUUCUUCGCGCACGUCUGCAAAUGGAGUAGCCUGGCAGCAUUCCUCUCCGGCUUGGUAAUAGGCGAGAUAACCCUGGGGGGAGGGGUGACCCUCCACCUGGAGAACCUCCCCCUCUGGUACCAAAACCUCAGCCCAAUGGAGUGGACGCUAGCCUUCCUUCUACGACAAAUUCAUGGAUCAGCUGCACUCAACAAACUUGUGAAUUGCAAAGCGAAACAGGUGCAACGUGAGGACAUCAUCGUCCAGGCACCCUGCGAACCCCUCGAUGGGGAGUCAGUGCUUCGAGAAAUUGCUCUCGACUCGAUCGUCGAUUUUACUGAGAUUCGUUUGGGCAUUGGAAUCGGAAUCAUGUCGUUAUUGAUAAUAAUUGCGUUUUUAUUGAUUCGGUAUAAUGCACCGAAGAAACCCAGGAGUGCACCCAACAAGCCCUAGGGCUCUGGGAAAACGAAAUCUGACAUGUGCCACCUUAGCCACGUAUUCCAAUAUUUUUUAAGUAUCCAUGGGCGAAAUUUUUUUUUAGAAAAACCUAGAGCAUAUUGGGCGAUUCUAAAUAUGAUGUAGAAAAAAAUCAAUGGAAUUCCUGAUUUUUUUGCUCAAUUUUUCUUGAUGCAGAGAGAAGAAGAAUCGGGUGGAAAAAACUUGGAAAAUUCAUUUCGGAAAUUUUCUAUAAAAAAGUUAUAUGGAAAGACGAAAUUCCCCGAUAGAAUCGACCAAAAACUGAUAGAAAGUUGAACAGAAUUUCAGUAAAAAACCAAUAGAAUUUUCGAUUAAAUUCACUAGGUUUUUCUAUAAUUUUUUUUUCGUGCGUGUUUUAUUGAGAAUUAAUUAAGACGGGGAGUGGUGGAGAGUGAAUGACGGGUUGAGGACGAAUUGGUCGUUUAUCCCUCUACGAGUGCACUGGGGUUACUCGACACCCCAGCGCAUUUUCUAUUGUUUCUCAUUCCAAUAUAAAUGCGCAGCACGUUGUUUCAUUUCAUUGAAAACUCAAGAUUGGGUGAACAGUCUAAUUAUGGAACACUAAAGGCUCUUCGGAGGUUCAGUCAAUGGUUUGAAAAUGAACUAUUGUUUGAAAAAAUAUUGAAAAAGCAAUAUUACUACUGGGCGAUUCCAAACUCAGUAGGUUUAAAAAAAAAGAAGCACAUUAUGUAAUGAGAAAAAAUCGGGAAAAAUGAAAAAUUAUGUUCAAGACCAAAAGACCUUUUACGAAAGACUUUUCCCAAAUAUGGAACAUCGCUCGUCCAUUUACGGAACAUUAGAACUUUGUGAUAUUCCCCAAACUGGGAAAUAAACAAUGAAAUUUCUGGAGUUCUCUCCUGUUCUCCACCACUUCAACCAUCGAAUUUUCAAUAUUUCGUCUACCUCGUUGCGACUUUUUAAAAAAACCUCGUGAAAUGGGGAAAUAAGUAUAAUCCCACUCCGAAAAUUGUCAUCAGAUCUAUCAACAGAUGAAUGUUCUCCCAGCAAUGUGACUAUUUCCUCAUUUCAUCCAAAAAAUUAAUCAUUUUAGAAACUCGCAAGAUAGACGCGUCGUUCUAUUUAGAAAUAAUACUUAAAGUUUAUUCUAGUACCUAGAUGCUCUGUAGCGAGUCUAGACAGUAGACAAGUGCUCAAUAAACCUGCACUGCGUAAUUCCCUCCAA